CUCAAAGUAGACGGGCGUCCUCGGAGGCGGAGCCAGAGGAUCUCACCGCGGCUCCUUGGAGCCUGCCGCCGAGCAGCGCCCCGGCGGGGCAAAGCAGGAUUGGCACCAUGGAUUCCUUCAAAGUAGUGCUGGAGGGGCCAGCACCUUGGGGCUUCCGGCUGCAAGGGGGCAAGGACUUCAAUGUGCCCCUCUCAAUCUCCCGGCUCACUCCUGGAGGCAAAGCUGCGCAGGCUGGCGUGGCAGUGGGCGACUGGGUGCUGAGCAUCGAUGGCGAGAACGCCGGGAGCCUCACGCACAUUGAAGCCCAGAACAAGAUCCGUGCCUGUGGGGAGCGCCUUAGCCUGGGACUCAGCAGGCCUCAGCCAGUUCAGAGCAAACCGCAGAAGGCUCUGGCCCCUGCCGCGGACCCCCCGCGGUACACCUUUGCACCCAGCGCCUCCCUCAACAAGACGGCCCGGCCCUUUGGGGCACCCCUGCCUGCUGACAGCGCCCCGCAGCAGAAUGGACAGCCGCUUCGACUGCUGGUCCCCGAUGCCAGCAAGCAGCGGCUGAUGGAGAAUACCGAGGACUGGCGGCCACGGCCUGGGACAGGCCAGUCCCGCUCCUUCCGCAUCCUUGCCCACCUCACAGGCACCGAGUUCAUGCAAGACCCGGAUGAGGAACAUCUGAAGAAAUCAAGAUCUUGCAGCCAGGUGCCCAGGACAGAAGCCCCAGCCCCAGCCUCAGCGACACCCCAGGAUCCCUGGCCUGGCCCCACCAGCCCCAGCCCCACCAGCCGCCCACCCUGGGCUGUGGACCCUGCAUUUGCUGAGCGCUAUGCCCCGGACAAAAUAAGCACGGUGCUGACCCGGCACAGCCAGCCAGCCACACCCACACCUCUACAGAACCGCACCUCCAUCGUCCAGGCCGCUGCCGGAGCGGGCGCUGGAGGACCCAACAACGGCAAGACUCCCGUCUGCCACCAGUGCCACAAGGUCAUCCGGGGCCGAUACCUGGUGGCACUGGGCCAUGCAUACCACCCAGAGGAGUUUGUGUGCAGCCAGUGUGGAAAGAUCCUGGAGGAGGGUGGCUUCUUUGAGGAGAAAGGGGCUAUCUUUUGUCCCUCCUGCUAUGAUGUGCGCUAUGCACCCAGCUGUGCCAAGUGCAAGAAGAAGAUCACAGGCGAGAUCAUGCAUGCCCUGAAGAUGACCUGGCACGUGCACUGCUUCACCUGUGCUGCCUGCAAGACACCCAUUCGCAACAGGGCCUUCUACAUGGAGGAAGGGGCACCCUACUGCGACCGAGACUAUGAGAAGAUGUUUGGCACAAAAUGCCGAGGUUGUGACUUCAAGAUUGAUGCUGGGGACCGCUUCCUGGAAGCACUGGGCUUCAGCUGGCAUGAUACGUGCUUUGUUUGUGCGAUAUGUCAGAUCAAUCUGGAAGGAAAGACCUUCUAUUCCAAGAAGGACAAGCCCCUUUGCAAGAGCCAUGCUUUCUCCCACGUGUGAGUCCCUCCCCCUGGCCCCACCCAGCCAGAAGGGUGAAGGGUCUGGAGUUACCCCCAGCAUUCCUGAUGGGGCUAGCAAUGGUUACCCCAACCCCAACUCCUGGCCAAAGCCUGGGGUUCCCUGGACACUGUCCCACUUCAGUCCUUCCCCUCUCACACACACUUCCCGCACCACUCUCUCACUCUGGUGCUGGCCACACCGGCCCCUGUUCACCUCCAAUGCCACAAUAAACCUGUAUCCAGUUGUG